GGGCAGACCUGUGGUUUCACUUCUUGCUGUCUGGGCCAUUGUCAGGUGGCUUCCAAGCCCUCACCGUCCUGUUGAGAGCCGGUGCAGAGAAAAUGCCAUAAAACUCUCUGUGAUUGCAAGUUACAAAGUCUAGGACUUUAUACAACUGUCUUUGGCUCGCCCUAACCAGAGGAUGGGAAACAUGGUGCCCAGCGCCCUCCUUCUCCUCUUGGCGACGUCGCCAGGCGAGACCCAGACCUGCUCAGGGUCACACUCUCUGCGGUAUUUCUACACCGCUCUGUCCCGACCUGCACCCGGCGAGUCCUGGUACGUCGCUGUGGGCUACGUGGACGACACACAGUUCGUGCGCUUCAACAGCGCAGGGGAGAGUGCGAGAUAUGAGCUACGUGCGUCCUGGGUGGAGCAGGAGGGCCCCGAGUAUUGGCAGAAGGAGACAGAGAUAGUCACAAGCAAUGCACAGUUUUUCCGAGGAAACCUACAGACCAUGCUUGACUACUACAACCUGAGCCACGACGGCUCUCACAUCAUCCAGGUGAUGUAUGGCUGUGACGUGGAAUCCGAUGGGAGCCUCCUCCGUGGUUAUGAGCAGUAUGCCUACGAUGGCCGAGAUUACAUCACCCUCAACGAAGACCUGAAGACUUGGACGGCAGAGGACAGGGCAGCGCAGAUCACCAGACUCAAGUGGGAGCAGGCUGGUUAUGCAGAGCUCCGCAGGACCUACUUAGAGGGCCCAUGCAAGGAUUCGCUGCUCAGAUAUCUGGAGAAUAGAAAAGAGAUGCUGCAGUGUACAGAUCCUCCAAAGGCACAUGUGAGCCAUCACCCCCGGACAUGAGUGAUGUCACCCUGAAGGUGCUGGGCCUGGGCUUCUACCCUUGACAUCACUCUGAUCUGGAAGAAGGAGAGGACUGAACAAGAGAUGGAGCUUAUACAGACCAGGCCUGCAGGGGAUGGGACUUUUCAGAGAGUGGGCAGCUCUGGUGGUACCUUCUGGGGGAGGAGCAGAAGUACACAUGCACCAUGUGUACCAUGAGAGCUACCUGGGCCCUCACCCUGAGAUGG